GUAUAUAAAAGAAAUGAAAUAAAUUGUCAAACUAAUCAUCAUUAUAAACUGUAUGCAAAAAUAUUAUUUUGAUUUAUUGCAAAAUAAAGGAAUUUAUGUUGUUGAAUAAACUUAAAUGCAACACUAAUUUAACAUCGAUUUGCUGUCAUUAAUAUAAACAUGGUGUGCGACGGACCAGAUCCACCCGAAAAUUCUCCAAAUAAUUUGACUCCACCUCCAAGACAUGAGCUUAUAAAUGGUAACAAUGAAGAGAGUGAUGAUGAACAAACUGAAUACUUCGGUUACGAGCCACUACCACAAGGUCCUGAUGGUGCCAUUACGGAUUUUGGAGAUAGAGACGAAGAAGAUUCAGACAGCACAUAUGCAGAGGAUCAGGAAGUACCUUCACAAGAUGUGCCUGCAAUAGAGCCCAUAGAAAAUGUGCUAGUUAGGGAAGUUUGGAGCACCCCUAGAUCUACAGAUUCUAUACAAAUGGACAAUGAAAGAGCACAAGAGGUAAUGUCAGCAAUGGCUAACUUUGCAUUACCGGAAGCAUCAAUACCAGAGUGGGCACAGAGUAUAUCAGAAGAACAAUGGAAACAAACUCUUAAUGAUAGAUUAGAGAGAUUAAGAAAUAAUAGUUAAAUUGUUACAUAACUAUUUAGGCGUUUGCCAAUUAAUUAGCAAAAUAUGAUUUUUUU